GAAUCGAAUACACUGCUUGUUGUAUCCGCCAAUUCGCCACUACACCAACCGCCCAGCCUUUCGGUGGACGUUCGGUGAACCAAUCUCUCAGCCUCAACAUCCUCCAUUUCUUCGCCAACAAAGGGCCGCGAUCGAGAGCUGAGGCUCGAAGCAACGCCAGCAGCCCACGAGCAAAGACUAGCGCGACCAGAGCUCUGCCCGCCGUCCCCAUCCAAUGGCGGCACCGGGCGCGGACGAAGAGGUGAGCUUCGAGUUCUUCCCCAUCAUCCGCCAGUACAAGAGCGGCCGCGUGGAGCGGUUCAUGAACUUCCCCCCAAUCCCGGCCGGCGUCGACCCGGCCACGGGCGUCACCUCCAAGGACGUCGUCAUCGACCCGUCCACCGGCCUCUGGGCGCGCGUCUUCCUCCCGCCCGGCGCCGACCAUGGCAACAACAAGCUGCCGGUCGUCGUGUACUUCCACGGCGGUGCCUACGUCAUCGGCUCGGCCGCCGACCCGAUGACGCACGGCUACCUCAACGGCCUCGUCGCGGCCGCCAACGUCCUGGCGGUCGCGCUAGAGUACCGCCUCGCGCCAGAGCACGCGCUCCCCGCCGCGUACGAUGACGCCUGGGAGGGGCUCAAGUGGGUGGCCUCCCACGCCACGGCCAGCGGCACCAGCCAGGAGCCAUGGCUGCUCGACCACGGCGACUUCUCCCGCGUGUUCUUAGCUGGGGGAAGCGCCGGGGGAACAAUCGCGCACGUCAUGGCCGUGCGCGCCGGCGAGCAGCAGGGCGGCCUCGGGCUCGGGAUCGGCAUCAAGGGGGUCCUGAUCGUGCACCCGUACUUCAGCGGCGUGGCGGACAUCGGCAAGGAAGCCACGACGGGGAAAGAGGAGAAGGCCAAGGCCGACGCGUUCUGGAAGUUCCUGUACCCUGAUGCGCCGCUGGGGCUGGACGACCCGCUGUCGAACCCGUUCUCGGAGGCGGCCGGGGGCAGCGCGGCGCGCAUCGCGGGGGAGCGCGUGCUCGUCUGCGUGGCCGAGAAGGACGGGCUCCGGGACAGGGGCGUCUGGUACUACGAGAGCCUCAAGGCCAGCGGCUACGGCGGCCAGGUGGAGCUGCUCGAGUCCAUGGGCGAAGGGCACGUCUUCUACUGCAUGAACCCGCGCUCCGAGAAAACAGUCGAGAUGCAGGAACGCAUCCUCAGCUUCCUCCGCAAGUGAGAGCGGCUGCGCGAGCGAGCCUGCAAGGAAAUGGAAGGUGUGCCCCGUGAAGGAAUAAUUUCAUGCCUGUGACUCUGAGAUUGGGCCAUGUUUGAGCCUGGGAGAACUCCCCCGUAGUUUGUUGUUCGUCAGUUGUGGUCUUGUCGAUGCAAUCAUCGGAUGUUUCUGUUCCUCGAUAAACAAAUAAUGCGUAGUGUGCGGUCAAAUAAAUGAAUAAUGUGUACUGAGCUAGCGGGUUUGGUGGGAUUGGGACGUUGGGUGGAACGGCCACGAGACGUCAUCCCACUCAUCUGGCCAAAACUGCGACAUUUUAUAGUUCACUUGAUUCUGAGGCCUAAAAUUUCCCUUUGGGCAAAAUAUCUGUGCUCACCAAAAUUACUGAAAUUUCAGAAACUUUUUUU